AUAGCGCGACGCACGCGCCUCUCGUCUUCCGUCUCCCUCGAGCCCGUUCCCCAUGUCGGACGCGUACAAGAAAGCCAAGCCCGGCCGCCUCGUCUUCAAGGGCGGCGAGGCCGCCUCCCUCCACAAGCCGAAAAAGCACAAGAAGAAUAAGAAGCCCGCCUCCGAUGCCCCCGCCGACGGCGACGCCGAGGCCGCGGUGGUCGCGCCCGCAGAGGGCGUCGAAGGCGGAGGCGGCACCGGCGCUGGCGACGAUUACACCAUCGACGCGGCGAAGCGAAUGAAGUACGAGGAGCUGUUCCCCGUGGAGGCGAAGAAGUUCGGGUACGACCCCGCCAACGCCGCCCGCGUCGCCGCCCGCAACCGCUCCGUCGAGGAGGCCCUCGACGACCGCGUGAGCAAGAAGGCCGACCGCUACUGCAAGUGAGGUGGCUCACUCAUCGUAGUUGUUUGCAGCUGUUAUGGAGAGAGGCUCACUUGAAUUAGUUGUGCUCAAUGUGUCAGAGAUGGUAUCUUUGAACAAUUGUUAAGCCCCUAAUGGUGUAUUGUCAAUUAAGCUAGUCUCAGUAGCGGUCAGUCAUUUCGUUUAAUGCAUGUUUGUACUAGUAAGGAGAAGGAUGCUAGCAUCUGUUAUUCUGGCAUAAUUUUCUUCUGUGCCCUUUGUUGCUUGGUUUGGUCACUUGGAGAAUAUCAGAUUGUUUACACCAGUGAUGUUACAUUUGUAUUUGUGACAAUGCUACAAGCCUGGGAAGUGUUUCCUCUAUAGUGGUGUACUGUAUUCUUUCUACUGCGCUACUGUUUUUGGUUUAGGCUGUCUUA